AUGAAUGAAAAAAGUGAUAUUUCGUUCUCUGCAAGUGAUUCAGACUCUGACUACAAUGCUGCUCCAGAAGAACAUUAUUUGAUUAAUUAUGCUGAACUUGGUGAUCUUGUAAGUGAUCCAGCACUGACAAAAGCGCAAGCAGAGCUACAUGGUUCACGUUUGAAGGAAUUUAACUUACUUGCACCUGAUGUGGAUAGUCUUAUGUCGAGUCUUGGAAUUAAGCAUAUUGUUGAAGAAUGGCGACUGUUCAUCCACUCGUCAAAAACUAGUUUGAAGGCAGUAUUGUUGCACAACAGAAGUAGGUAUGCAUCAAUACCAGUAGGCAAUUCUACCCAUAUGAAAGAAACCUACAAAAACAUGUCAUUACUUCUGCUAAAAAUACGUUAUCGUGAAUACAAUUGGAGUAUAUGCUGUGACUUAAAAGUAGCAGCUAUUCUGACAGGGUUGCAGGCAGGAUACACAAAAUACUGCUGCUUCCUAUGCGAAUGGGACAACAGAAAAAGGAUGCAGUAUUACGUUAAGAAGAAUUGUGAUGCAUUUCAGUACCUGCGCAACAAGUUCCCAGGAUUGAGUUAUGCAAAGGUAAAAGAAGGUGUAUUCAUAGACCCACAAAUAAGAGAAAUUAUAUCUUCGAAGACAUUCUUAGUUCAACUGAAAAAGAGGCGUGGGUGGCAUUCAAACUUCUUUCCAGAAAAUCUAGACGCAGUUAGUGACGAACACAACGAGCGCUUUCACCAGGAUAUUUCAGUGAUGGAGUCACGCUAUCAAGUUCGAUGGAGUGCAGCGAUGUUGGCAGACUAUUGUUGGACCCUUCAACGUGAUUUAUUAACUCAUCAAUACAAGAAAAAGUCCACAGCUAAGAAAUUUCUACUAUGA